AAAUUAAUAAAUUAAAAAACAAAUUAAUAAAUUUUUAUAAAAUAUUAUUUUAUAAAAAUUUCUAUUAAAUAAAAAUUAAAAUUAAUAAAAAAAUGGAAAUAUAAAACAGAUGUAGAACAAAUGACAUAUUUAGAUUAAAAAUAUACAUAUUUUUAAUUUUUAAGAAAAUAGGUUAAAAUCUCAAAAUACGACUGUUUCGAAAGAUAAAAUUCUUAUAUUUUUUUAAAUCAAAGGAAUAUGCAAGAUUUUCUGAUUGAAUUGAUAUUCAUAUUGACCACAUUUAAGAGAAGUAAAUAAUUUAUAAGAAAAGAAUAAUUAAUGGUUCCUCGUAUUGAUUAUAAAGGAGAAAGUAGUUGUUUUUCUAAUUCGGCUCAUGCCAGCCGGCUGGCAGUAAUUAAUGAAAAUAAUUAUGAACAAAUUACGGAAAAACCAAGAGAAGAACGGUCGUAUUUGGAAUUUUACACAAAUUUUAACAUAAACGAACCCCUAAGAAUUAUAUAUUCAAAAGAUGAUCACAACUCAACCGUUCCACUUUUAUCAGAUGAUCUAAACAGCUCUGAAAUUCGUAAAUCAUAUGGCGAAUUGAAUCAAGAAAAUGAUUUUGAUAGGAAUUAUGAUAAAUGUUUAGGAUCGAAAAUAACAAAAAAAGAAAAACAUAUAUUUGAUUCUGAUAUGUCAUGUGAUAUUUCCAAACAGGAUAAAAAAUCAGAAUCAAAAGAUGAACAAUUGAAAAAUAUAGAAAACCCAUAUAUUCAAAAAUCAUCGAAAUUUUCAUUUCGAAACAUUCAACCUUUUGAAAAAGAAGCAAGGUAUACAGGACGUUCGAUAAUGGAAUAUGGUUAUCAAGAAGCGGAUAUUUGGAAUAGGCCUUCAGAUACAUAUAUUAGAUUCGUAGAAGAGUCUAAAGAGACUUUAGCAAAUAGAGUCGAAUACGACAUGGACGAACAAGAACAAUAUAAUUCAAAAAGAUUAAAAUCAGAGGGAGAUACUAUAUCACAUGAACUCUUUGAAAUCGUAUUAACAAAAAUCGAAAAAGAAUGGAUAGAACUUGAUAAAAGAAUGCCUAAAGAUCAAUCAAAGGAAAAUUUAUCUCCUGAUGAUUCAAAAUGUUCAAUUUGUGACGAUGGAGAAUGCGAAAAUGUCAAUGCUAUAGUAUUCUGUGAUGGAUGUAAUUUAGCCGUUCAUCAAGACUGUUAUGGCAUUCCAUAUAUACCUGAAGGGCAAUGGUUAUGUAGAAAAUGUCUUAUAUCUCCUCAAAAUACUUUGAAUUGUAUCUUUUGUCCUAAUACCUCAGGUGCCUUUAAGCAAACUUCAGAUAACAGAUGGGCACAUUUACUCUGUGCUAUUUGGAUUCCAGAAGUUACUGUUAUGAAUACUGUUUAUCAAGAACCUAUUGAUAAUAUUCACAAAAUCCCUGCAUCAAGAUGGAAACUUAUAUGUUAUAUUUGUCAGCAAAGAAUGGGCGCAUCAAUUCAAUGUGUAAAUAAAUCUUGUUAUAGAGCCUUUCAUGUUACAUGUGCACGUAGGGCAAAAUUAUAUAUGCCUAUGAAGAAAAAUAACACAGAAUUAAAAGCUUACUGCGAUAAACAUGUUCCUAGUUUCUGGCGUAAUGAACAUGAUAUUGCAAAAUUUCUUUAUGAUACUAGAAAACAAUUUUUAUCUUAUACGCCUUCAACUUCUGAAUUCGUAGAAAAUAAUCAUAAUUCUAAUUAUAUACACGGAGCAUCAUCUAAAAUCUAUAUAAAUUUAAAAAAAGCAAAAACAUACCCCCUUAUACCAGUAUAUAUUCAAAAUAGAAUAUUGGAUUAUAUACAUAAAUUCCCAAUCAGAAAAAAAUCGAUAUUUAUUACAGAUAUUUGUAAAUAUUGGUCACUGAAAAAAGAAUCACGAAAAAAUGCAUCAUUAAUAAAAAGAUUGCAAUUAAAAACUGAGAAUGAAAUUCGUAAUCUUUCAACAGAUCAACUCUCAGAAAGAAUUGAGUUUGCAAAAAUCUUAAAACAUGAUCUAGAAAAAUUAUUAGAGUUAACUGAUUCUGUUAAAAAACGUGAAGAAGAAAAAAAGAAGAUUUCAUGUUAUUUAGAAACAAUGGCCGAUGGACUUUAUUUUCCUAUUACACAUAUUAUUAGAUAUAUAUUAAACUGCAUUGAAGGAUGGGAUAAAAAUAAAUUAUUUUCGAAUAUUCCAAUUGAUACUUUUAACUACAAUUCAAUAAAUGGCAUGCCCACUUCUUUAUCAAUGAUCUCUAAAAAAAUCGAGGACCGAGAAUAUGCUAAUCUAUUACAAUUUAAGACUGAUCUGAUGCAUGUUUUUGACAAUGCUAUAAAAUACAAUGACCACAAUACAAUAUAUUAUAAAACGGCAGUAAAAUUUAAACGACAAUGUGAAAAAUUAUUUUUGGAUGCAGAAAACAGCAUUUCUUUUUUGAAAAUGGAGAAUGAGAGAAUGGUAUCGGAUUGGUCUAUUUUUGAGCCAAAGGGGUUAUCUAUAAAGGAAUAUGUGCAAAUUUGGCCAGGAGAUGAUAUUAGAACAAUGUCUCCACUUUCUGAAAUUGCUGAUGAAGAAUUUAACCUUCUUGAACGGCAUGUAAAUUUGAUUCAAAAGAAAGAUAAUCUCAACAAACAAAAUAUGAAAAAUGAUAUAAAAAAGAAAAGCAAACAUAAUUUACGAAGUAGGCCUCAGAAAUUCAAAUAA